GUCAGAUUUCAGCAGCGAGGACGCAGCAUGGAGGACUGCAGCGCUGCAACAAGGAUGAGCGGUGGAUGAGCGGUGGGGGAGUGCAGCUGCAGCUCGGAGCCCGUACCUGGCUGCUGUGACAUCACUGGCUGGCAGGAAGUGGCCGUCCGGUCGGGCAUGGCGGUUUACAGCUCUGUGAGCUCCAUCAAAGCUUUGUGGGAGACCCGGAUUAGGAAAAGGAGGGACGAGGACGAGGAAGCGCAGAGGAGGACAGAGAGGGGCGGGGCCACAGGCAGGUCCAGACUCUCUGUGGGAGUCUGGGAGGACCGGGCAACUUUGGCCCGACUGAGGGAGAAACUCCAGACGGAAGACGGGCGACUGAUCCUGCGGAUCGAGAAGGAGGAGUGGAAGUCUUUGCCAGGAUGUUUGGUUCAGCUCAGUCAAGUCCAGGAGUGGCAGAUCCACCGGACUGGACUGCUGAAGAUCCCUCACUUCAUCUCCAGCUUUGAGAGUCUCCUGGUCCUGGAUCUGUCCCGGAACGCCAUCACUGAGGUCCCCAAACAGAUCGGAAAACUAAUCCGGCUCAAAGAACUGCUGCUCAGCUACAACAGAAUCCAGCAUGUCCCUGAAGACUUGAGCGGGUGCGAGAGUCUGGAGAGACUGGAACUGGCCAUGAACCGAGACCUGAGCCAGCUCCCGGACCAGUUCAGGAACCUGCAGAGGCUACAGCGCCUGGACCUGUCCAUGAACGACUUCAGCGUCCUGCCGGACUGCGUGGUGGCGCUGCCGGCGCUGGAGUGGCUUGACAUGGGUGGGAACCGCCUGCAGCACUUACCUGAGGACAUUCACAGGAUGGAGACGCUGCACACUCUCUGGCUGCAGAGGAACGAGCUGGAGAAACUCCCAGAGAACAUCAGCAGGAUGCUGAGUCUGGACACGCUGGUCCUGAGCAACAACCGGCUGAGAGACAUCCCCCCGCUGAUGGAGGACAUGUCCAAGCUCAGGUUUGUAAAUUUCCGGGACAACCCUCUGACUCUGGACGUGGCCCUUCCUGAGGAGACGACGCCGGCUGAAGAGGAUGAAGACGACCGGGAGAUGUUCGGACGGGAGUUCAUGCACAUGUACAUCCAGGAGGCCAGGAAGAGGGCGUAUGCCGUCCUGAACGUGCACCGGGUCAACCAGACCAACGAAGACCCGUCACUGUAAAAUAACCCAUCUGUCCUCACUUCUUCAUGUGGCUUUUAAGUGCUUUUAUUUUGAAAGUUCUGCAGCAGCAGGCGUAGGACGACAGGAAAACUGCUUCCAGGACGUCAGCCUUUCAGGUUCCUCUGACGGCUGGAGCCGUUGGGAUGAAAAACCAGGCUCAAAGGCCGAAAACGGCAGAAAUAAGAAACUGAAAAAGCUUUAAUAGACACUUUAGAAACAUGCCAAUGUCCACAGUUUCACUUUAAUAAAACAAAGACUUUUGUAGAAAGACAAGUGUGCCGCUCCUACUUCAGCUGCAGCUUUUACCAGAAAUAAAAGAAACUGAAAUCUUUUCUUCAAAAUGUGAAUAAAAAUCAGGAAGAGGGGGAGGGGCGGGGCACGGCAGUCAGUAAAAUGUUCUCCAGGGUCACAUGACUGCUCACAUAUCGAGUCAGUUUGCUGGUGAACCCUCUGGUUUGCAGGAAGUGACAUCUGCCGGCGUCGAUCAGGAGUUUACAGAGACGGCCGAUGCGCUCGCGCUCCGCCGCCGACAGAAACCUGAGGACAGACAGACAAAUGUUGCAUCAGACGGACGGACAUGUGUGAUGUCACCAACAGGUUUCUGAAGGGCCGGUUAGAAGCCCCGUGUCUGGAUCACUGGACGACAGCAUGAUGGCAGGAGAUGACUCCUCCCAAGGCCCAGUCAGUCCAAACAUGGGGACAUGGGUUGUGAGAUUAAUCAAACUUUUGAACUAUUUUUUGUCCUUAUAAACUAUCACAUGCUUUUGAUAUACUCAAGGUUUCGACUGUCCUGAGAGCAGCUGAACCAUUGUCAGUUGGACACAUCUGUCCAAGACCUCCUGUUUUCAGGAAGGGGCCCCACUGACCCAUCAACCUUUUGUGUUAUGGGCCCAGCUAGUUCCUCUUUAGAUUAUUUCCACUUUAACUGAAGAUGUCUGUUUCACAAUCUUUGACCUCUUUAACUGAAGAUGUCUGUGUCACAUGUGUGACCUUUUAACCCCAAUGUCUGUUUCUCCGUCUGUUUCCUCCCAUUGUCCACUCACUGUCUACUAUUGGCUGUCUUAAAAUGGUGAUGUUCCUGUCACAAAUUCUCAAUAAAAAGGUGAUGCUGCAAGAAGAUUUUGGGAGAAGAGCUUGGGAGUUCUCUGUGAGGGCCUGCGGGUCCUGCACUUCUCUGCUCUCCUCUCCACAUUUCUGCAGAAAGCCUUAAAAAUCAUUCUAACAGUCUCUGUGUCUUUCCUCGUUACGAAUUUAUGUUAUGUUGAUUUAGGGACUCCAACAUUUGGUGCCAAAACCCGGGACCUCAUACAUCUGUGACGUUGGAGCGGCGUAGAUCAAACAGGGCCACCUAAAACUGUCGACAGCCGUUCCGAUUUCAGGAACGAGGCCAAGUUGAUCCUGCGCUGCUCCAGAGUACAGUGACGAGGUCCCCGAGCCGGGAAAGACAACUAAGAGACUGGUGAGACCUCUUCUUACUUAAAUACCUGGUAUUGAAGUAUUUUUGUGUAAAAUACGAGUGAAAUUCUGUGUAUACUAUCCGGGGGUUAGCGAAAAAAAUGUUGGCAGCGGGUCGGGGACCCAAUUUUUUGAAGUCGGGGACUUUUAAAAAUACUAGCCUGGAUCAGUGCGUAAGGCUAACGCCCACUCGGUCGGGGACCGGCUUUUAAGGUCAGGGGACUUUAAAAGUACAGAAUAACGAGAAGAGGUUUCUUAGGAGUGGUUUUUAAUGGGUUUAAUGUUUGUCUUGUCUAAUGUUCUUGUCUAAUGUUUAUGACAGGAAACUGUCUAUGUUCAAUGUUGAGGUUUCCAAAAAUUGUGAAGCAAAAUUUAAAUUGUUCACUAAAAGAUCAGCGUUAAAACCAAACUGUCAAAAAAAAAGAGAAACUUAAGAAAGCAAAAAUAACUGGCUAAAAGCAGACACUUGGUUAAGCUGAAACUUAUGCCUAAAUAAUUUCUAAAAGAUGCUUGGUAUGGGAGACGUCCCUAAAACUUUAGGUGAAGAAAAAUUGUGACAAAAUGUUGCGAGAUAAUAUACGAAACUUAAAUGAUUAGAAAAUCGAUUAAUUUAAGACUAAAAGAAAAAAACUAAAAAGUUGCAAACCUGUAAAGAAUGGCAUAAAGAGAUAUGGUUUUGAUGGGGAAUUGGAAAGAGACAGAAAAAGGAAAAGAAAGAUAUGUGAAGGUGGGGAGAAAGGAGCUGCUGCUGAGUUGCAGGGCCAGGAGUCAUGGUGCAGAGAGUGUGUGAGUGUAAACGGCUGCAGCAGGGCAAAGGUCAUGGUCUGUGUGUGACAGCUGCAGCUGUGUGUGUGUGUGUGUGUGUGUGUGUGUGUGUGUGUGUGUGUGUGUGUGUGUGUGUGUGUGUGUGUGUGUGUGUGUGUGUGUGUAAACGGCUACAGCACUAUGUGUGUAUGAAAGCGUGCUCCUGUCUGGGUGCGGCGUUUUAUGAGGGGCUGCAGGAUCUGUGUCUCGGGGAGACUUUUUGUCUGCUGGAAAACAUGAAUUUCAGAGGUGAAGUAAGAAGCUCCCCUCUUGUAAAGGCAGCAGUAAAGGCUGCUGAACGAUCUACGUGGGGUUCACCAAUUGCAGUGAAAGCUAGUGGGAAAUGUUCCAAGCCCUGAGUAUGCCGGAAGUCGGACGGUUUCGAAACCCUUGUCCGCUGAAGAACUCAUCUGACGCCUACUCACCAGCCAUGGGCCUGAAGAUGACUAGCCCAAACUGACUGGCUACGACAAGCUGGAGAGGAGUCCGAGAGAUGGAAGAAACUUUUUCACUACCGAGUUAUGCUGACGUAAUGACUUAAAUUAUGAUUCCGAUUAUUGCUGUCCUUGUACUGUUCUGUGUUUUCAUUACCUGUAUCAUUCUGUGUCUAAGUGCAAAGGUCCAUUGCAGAUUUCCUUAGUCCAGUACUCUGUGAGGUCUAUUUACCAACAACUCCAACAAACUCUAAUUAAUGAAGAGGAUCUUAACGAUGACACUGGAGUGUUUCAUUUUGCUUACUGUGAAGUUUCAUAAGAACAACAGGAGGGAAUUGUGAGAUUAAUCAAACUUUUGAAAUAGUUUUGUCCUUAUAAACUAUCACAUGCUUUUGAUAUACUCAAGGUUUCGACCGUCCUGAGAACAGCUGACCCAUUGUCAGUUGGACACAUCUGUCCAAGACUUCCUGUUUUCAGGAAGGGGGCCCCAUUGACCCAUCGACCUUUUGUGUUAUGGGCCCAGCUAGUUCCUCUUUAGAUUAGUUCCACUUUAACUGAAGAUGUAUGUUUCACAAUCUUUGACCUCUUUAACUGAAGAUGUCUGUGUCACAUGUGUGACCUUUUAACCCUGAUGUCUGUUUCUCCGUCUGUUUCCUCCCAUUGUCCACUCACUGUCUACUAUUGGCUGUCUUAAAAUGGUCAUGUUCCUGUCACAAAUUCUCAAUAAAAAGGUGAUGCUGCAAGAAGAUUUUGGGAGAAAAGCUUGGGAGUUCUCUGUGAGGGCCUGCGGGCCCUGCACUCCUCUGCUCUCCUCUCCACAUUUCUGCAGAAAGCCUUAAAAAUCAUUCUAAUAGUCUCUGUGUCUUUCAUCGUUACGAAUUUAUGUUAUGUUGAUUUAGGGACUCCAACAGGGUGAAACGGAGAAGUGUGGUAGAUGUUUAGGUUAACUUCACUUAAAUUACACUAGUCUAAGAGAAAACCCCUUAAUCCCAUAUCUUCCUUAGCAACUGUAAUUCAGUGAUUUGUGUGACUCUCAGUGAGGCUUGUGCACCUGUAGACAGGUAUUCUCGUUUAAGACUACAGUCACGUUAUUUCACAUCUUUUUCUAGAGGUAUUAACUCAUUUGUCAAGGAACAGUCUCAUUAAUUUGUUUUUUAGAUGAUUUUGGACUGGACUCAGGAUCCUUAGAGACCGGAGCCAGGUUCUUCAGGAUCUAUGUGGAGAGACUGUCAGCAGCUGGAACUCACUAAUGGCACUUUUCCACUAGUACCUAAUAGUACUUAUCUCAGCUCGGCUCGACUCAACUCGGGCUGGUUUCUUUUCCAUAACAAUUCAGCACCUGGAGCAGAAGUAAGAGGUUGGAGUGAAGCUGCAGUGACAUAUUUGAUUGUGUGAUCUAAACGAAGAAGACGACAACACUAAAGAUGUAGAACCUGGAGGAGAUGAUAGAUGUGCUGCCGAGUCUGUGGCUUGUGUUUGAUAUAAAGUUAAAAAAUGAGAGUGAGAGAAGCUUCAAGCAGUGCCGCUUUUUAAUUUUUGUUUGUUUGUCUCGGUGCUGCUGAAAAGCCAGCUGGGAGCCGCGAGCAGCUAUGAAGUGACAGAGCUCCUGGUGGAUCUGGUCGUUCAUUAUCGCCCGUCUAGAUCCCUUUUUAAUUCUCUCCUCAGCCACCAGGUUUAUGAACAUCUGCACCUCAGAGUUGGAUCAUGAAACAGACUUUUGUGCUGCCAUUGCUGGUCGAAUAAAAUGAACAAGAAGCUGUCAGAGUCUCUUUCUCUGAGUUCCUCCUCCUGACUUAGACGUCUGACUCCAACCCCCCGACCAAUCGGUGGCCUGUAGUGUGAUGAUGUCAGAUACAGCCGACCCAGCCGCUUAGAACCUCGGCAGAAUAGAUACAGAAAAAGUAUCUACUCUGCACUUUAGACCCCUAGUGGAAAAGAACCAAACGGAGGCGAGUCGAGCUGAGUAGGUACUGGUGGAAAAGCGCCAAAUUGUUACCCAUCAGAGGCCCGAUCAUUUUGCCCUCAGAAGUUCCCGUUUUGAACCGGACUUUCAAAAGCUGGUUCGUGCUCGUCAUCGUCCCCUCUUUGAUUGGCUGGCUCCUGUGACGGACUCUCCUGAUUGGCUAGUCUGAGUCCACAUGUGGCCCAGCUGGACAUCCGGCAGAAGGCAGAGAACUCUGCCGCUCCGAGUCCUCUCUGCAGGAAGAACUGCUGGCCAACAUAGUGACGCCACUCACAGCGAUGAUGACAGCACAGCGCCACCGCCAGGCCCAGCACAGCAUCAGGACCCCCACCAGUUUCUAGGCCUGGUAGACCCGACUCCGGGCCUACCCUCGGUUCUUCUGAUGGUUUGAGGCGUUUCGGAGGAGGCUCAGUCUCUGCUCCGACUCCAGGUGUUCCCAACAUGCAGCGCAGAGCCAGAUCUGAGGACGGAAUAGAACAGAACCAAGUGGUUUUAAUCUUUAAUCUUUCUUCCUUGGCUCCAAACACUAUUAUUUCUGUUUUGACUUCAUUUAACUGAAGA